GCAAAUCUCUGACACCAAAUAAUCAGUUUUGUUGUAGUUGUUGUGUGGCUGUGAAGGUUUUGAAGUCUUAUCCUUCACAGACAAGGGGCAAAACUGAGAGCAGAAGCUUCGAUGUCUGUAGCAGUAGCAACUAACAUGAACACGAUCAAUCACUUGUCCUCCACGACCUGUAAACUUCCAAAUCUCCAAUCACCCAUCUGCUUCGAUCGUAAACCCUUUUCAUAUUCUCUCAUUCCUCUGCUUCCAAAAAACCUAAAUGGCUUCUCUUACUCUUCCUCCGUUAGUCGCAGAUCCAGAUUCAUUCUUCCUAAGCGACGAUUCUCUGUUUCAGUGGAGUGGCAAGACUGCUCAGUGAAGAUGGAAGUAGAUGUUCCAGUAUCCGUAGCUUAUAAUUUCUACUUGGAUCGUGAAUCGUUUCCUAAGUGGAUGCCUUUUAUUUCGUCUGUAGAGGUGUUAAAGGGUAAGCCUGAUCUGUCACGUUGGUCACUCAAGUACAAUGCUUUUGGUCAAGACAUCAAGUAUUCUUGGCUUGCUCGGAAUCUACAGCCUACUCCUAACCAGAAGAUUCAUUGGAGAUCUCUUGAAGGUCUUCCUAAUAAAGGCAGUGUUCGGUUCUUCCCUAAAGGUCCUUCAUCAUGCAUCGUAGAACUAACCGUAUCAUAUGAAGUCCCUGCGUUAUUGACCCCCGUGGCAUCGGCGCUGCGGCCUUUUUUGGAAAGCUUGCUUAGAGGUGGACUUGAAAGAUUUGCAACCAUGGCCAAAACAACUUAAAAAGGAAUCGUUAUGCAUCUUUCUCUUGGUACAUACAUAUAUGAUCUGGAAACUCUACCAAAUCACAUGAUUAAAGCUUCUCUGCUGAUACUUUUGUAUGAUUAAAGUAACAAUCUUUUUUUCUCCAAUAAUUAUACAAAUUCUGGUUUA